GAAAAACCCGGGAGUGUGAAACUGCAGCUCUUUCUGUAUUUAUCGAGAAAAAAAACUGUUUUCCAGCGUUUUUCGUGAGUUGUGCUCUGCUGGAACGGUGUGAAUUGUAGUUAAAGACGUCCCGGAGCUGGUGAAGCAAAAACAGACAAAGUAAAACCCACAAAAACCCCAUCGGCGGCAAGAUUUGCGGCGGUGGUUGAAGCUUCCUCUUCGGCUUGUCGAGCGUAAACGCGCGGAUAUUUUGCGGCAAGGACGAGCAAACGGAGAAAAGCGAAGCACCCGGAAAAGUAUCAUCAUGUUCACGUCGAAAAAGGAUAUCGAUCGGCACGUUAAAACUUCGCUCAACAAGCUGCCAGAAAAUGAGCGCUACCUCCGCGGACUGGCCAUAGCGAGGCAGUACUUCAAGCUGAACGAGUACGGUAGUGCGGAGCACUGGCUGUCGUGCUACCUUUCGGUGCAGGAGGACAGCGCCCCGGCGUACAAGUUGCUCGGUCAGUGCUAUGAGAAACAGCGCCGAUAUGACCGCGCCAUCACCCAGUACCAGCGCUCGCUGCAGCUCGACUCAAAGCAAACCGGACUGAUCACGGACGUGUGCCGGCUGCUGUUGAUGGACGAAAAUUUGAGCAAGAACCUCUCGAAGGCCAAAUAUUGGUGCGAUUUGGCGGAAACGGAGCGCAUCAAUCACGAGGCGGUGUUGAAUCUGAAGCUCAAGGUAGCCAACAAAGACGCCAACAGUGAUCAGCUGCUGGUGAAGGAUAUCAUUGUGCGAGAAAUAUUAGCACGGCCGCACGAUCCGGCGCUACGUGUUCGGCUGGUGGAGUACUUUCUCGAGGAGAAACAGCUGGAGGAAGCGUUCCGCUACUGUUUCGAGCUGGAGAUGAAGUUCUCCGAAACGUUUCUCCAAUCGGUCGAGUGGACGAACGUUAUGGCUCGUAUGCUGAACAAGUACGCAGGGGACGCAUCGUCCCAGAAGCAACACUCCUGGCACUACUAUCUCCUGCAAGCCAUCGUACUCGAUCGCCAGAUUUACCUAAGUCUGCUUUCCGACUCGACCAUGGAGACGAUCAAGCGCAGUAGCAUCAAGGAAAUAGCGGCCAAGCUGUUCGAACUCGAUCAGCUGCUGCGCCUCGUGUCGGAGAAGGGCAAGAAUGCGGCUCCUCAGAAGCAGCUGGCGGAUGAGUAUCUGAGACACUAUCGAGGCCAGCUGGUGCUCCACUCAGCCUCGUUGCUGUUCAAGGGUUCCACGGAUCCGCAGCAAGGCUCGUCUCGGACGAUUCGGAGCCGUGAGACGACAAAGAGAUGUCUCGCAUUGCUACUGCUCGCUUACCAGUGCGGCGUGCCAAAGACGGAAGCCGUGUGGCUGAAGCAGAGCAACGAAUCGUCCCGUCAGGUGAUGACCUUCUGGAGCAAACAGGCCGCCUUCCGGUGCUGCCAGGCCGGCAGUACCGUGCUGUCGUGUGUCGACAACAAUAGCUUGGAUGUUUCGGUGCUGGCAGAGAUCCAGAGUGUCACGGAGUCGAAGGUUUGGACGACCGCCGAUAAUCUUCUCGAUCAGGUACGGCAACUGUGCACCGAUCCCGGCUGGCGAAAAGACGUGUUCCGGGCACUCUAUCCAUCCGGUGAUUCCUCCGUUAAGGCAGCUACGUCGUACUUUGUGCAGGAGCAGCACACUCUUAGCGCUCCGCAGUACGUGCUACCGAAGCGUGAGCAGCUCGAGGUGUACCUGGAACUGGCACAAUCCCUGUAUCCUUCCUCAUUGCCCUACCUUGUCUAUCUGGGUUUGGCAAUGGGUACGGACAACUUAGUGGAUCUGCGGUGCCGUGCGUUCCCCCGAUUGAACUUCUCCACCAACAAUCUGGACAGCUGUAAUCUGGAAACGUUGAACCAGCUCGAUAUGGACUCGUUCCUCUAUUGUUCGAUUCUGGUGGCACAUAGUAACUUGCUGGAAGGCGAGCGACAGCAUUACCGCGCUGCAACAGCCGACACUGAAGGUCGUCCGGCCUUUCUGCCUGCUCCCAACCUGCUUCCCCUGCUGUGCGAGGAGAACAAGGUGGAAUGGUGGAGUACGGCGUACCAUCUCAUACGCAGCAGCACGGCCAAAGAAGCGGCCACGAGUGUAGCGGAGCAAAAGCAGCUGUUACAGCACGGUCUGCAGGCGAUACGCGGAACCGGUGCUCCGCUCUGUGACGUAAUGGUGCUGCUGAAGCUUGGCCAGAUUCUUGCCAAGCGGGCCAGCUCAGGCUCUGCGCCACCGGAAGAGCGUCGCCAGACGGAAUGUCGCGCUGAGAUGGUCUAUCGGGCCGCGGUCCUACUCUGGAAGCAUCGCAAUGAAUCCGGAGCCGCUCCAUCCUCGUCCGGGUCGAUGUUUUUCCGAUACGGCAUCGAAUCGUACGAUUGCCAGCAGGAAACGGUGAAGCUCACCGAGGCCGGCAUCACGUUUUUGGCCGGAGUGUACUUCAAGCACGGACGUCAUCUGGAGUUUACGCAAGACUUUGCCGGC